AUGCAGCCGCACGACCACACAAACACCCGGAAGACUCCUCGCAAACCCCAGAGCCUCAGAACCCAGGUACAUGCUGGGCAACAUACCGCCACAUCUCGACCCACCAAGCGACAUAGCGCAACACAGCGGAAAACUGGGAAGAAGCGGAGAGCAACCGGACACAACCUGCACAAGAGAACUUGCUAUCAACCUACCUUUAGCAUUCCAGACCACACGGAGGGCAACAAGAGCGACCCGAGCAACAACUCCACCAAACAGGACACCCAUCAAGCAAUGAUACCACCCGGGGAGAAAAAAGGAGAUACCACUUGCCCCAUCAGGUGCCCUGGGAGCUUCCCGAACCAGGGGAUUGGCUGA